CCUGUCACCACAAUACUCAGGAUCAAGGUCAUCCACAACAAGGAAUGUGGCACCAUCAAUCUCUCACAGCCUGGCAAGAUUGAACAACUCACUCUAGACUUAGGCAUCUCUGACAGCAAGCCACUCUCUACGCCACUUCUGGCCAGCUGCAACCUUGAGGUCAUUGAUUCAACUCCUAUCAACUGCCUCAAACUCAAGUACUGCACCAUUGUUGGUGCGCUCCUCUACAUUGCACUCUCCAUGUGGUCAGACAUCCUCUAUCCUGUUGUCUACCUCACACACUUCUUGUGUGUGUAUGACCACAUGCACUUCCUUGCUGUGAAGCAUGUCCUGAUCUACCUCCUUGGUACAAUCAAGCAGACUGUGUGCUACAAGCGUUGCUCGAGCCAUGUGAUGACGCUCUCUCAACUCAACCAGCCCCUUGAGCAGCUCCUACUGAGGAUACAUGGCGACGCCAGCUACGGCACUGACAAGCACACCACGAAAUCCGUCUCCAGGCACAUCACUCUCCUUGCUGGCGGUCCCAUAGCCUGGUACUCAAGGCUACAACUGGUCAUCGCUCUCUCAUCAACGGAAGCCGAACUAAUCACACUCACCGACGCCACCCAUCAAGCACUCUACCUCCAGAAGCUCUACAUUCCAUUCAGUCUCUCUCUCAAUCUGCCAACUGACAUCUUCUGUGACAAUCAAUCAACUCUCCACAUCAUCAAGAAACCGCCAUUCACCUAUCACGCACACCUCAAGCACUUCAGCAUCAAGGAAGGAUUCAUUCAUGGCAACCUCCAGGCCGGACACAUCGCCGUACACUACGUUCCAUCAAACAACAAUCUGGCCGACUUCCUCACCAAGGCUGUGCCCACGGCGAAACUCAAGCUCAACAAGAUCAAACUCAACUUGCACAUCCACGACUGA